GAGGGUUUAGAGCUGAGACUCUAGUCUAGUCCGACAAUAAAAUCGAAAACCCUAAUAUCUGAGGUGAGCAUCGUCGCUUCUCUACUGCUUCUCUGCUUGCUUUCACCGGGGGGCCUUCUUUUAAGCUCCUCCCUAUUCAUAUAUACACAUCCAAUUCAAUUCACUACUAUGCUGUUUUCUACAUUCAUCUUUCCAUCUUAUUUCAGCUUCCGUUCCUGUGAAUGUCUUCUUGAUCACUUUUUAUGAAGGCAUUGGUUUCGGUUAUUAGAGUUUGUUCUGCUGGAUCCAAAUUUACAGUUCUUAACAAAUUUGAACCGUUUAGACUUUUAUCCUCCACCGCCUCUUUGCUAGCACUAGAAACCUCGUCUUUCAAGGAGAAUCAACUGGUGUCUGCUGAUGAGUGCAUUGGUGAAACUGAUGAUGGGAAUGGUCGAACUGUUCAUGCGACAGGUGCAUGCAUUUCAGUUGAAUCUAAUACGGCAAAUGGUAGGUUUUGCCCUGUUUUUCAGAGGGAUGCCAUGUUUAAGUCUGUAAAUGAUGAGAAUAAUUCGAUGUAUUGGUUGGGACCAGAGGACAUUGGUCGCUUAAAAAGAAUUAAAUUAAUUCUUUCAAGUUUUGGCUGGAACUUCUGCUUUUGCAAUUAUGGCUACGGAAAUAUUGAGAUAGAUCAGCAUAAUGUAAUACAAAUUUUGAAUAAAAUUUAUGGGGAAAGCAGAGAUGCUUCUCUUGCUUUUUUCUUUUACCAGUGGUCUCAAUUUGGCAGAGAUCCGAAGCACAGUUUACCUACAGUUUGUACAAUGAUAUAUAUUUUAAUUGAUGGCAAUAUGAACCACAAAACAAUAGAUCUACUCUUUCUUCUUGUAAGGGAAAAUGAUAGAGAAGAUCAAUGGCUUUUGCUGAUGGAAGUCCUUCAUGAAACCCACAUUGAUGCAAAGGCAUUGGGAACUGCAUAUAGCAUGCUUGUUAACUGCUAUGUUGAGGAAAAUAGGCUGCAGAUUGCUCUGGAGUUGAGCCGUCAAAUAAAGCGUUAUAAUCUUCUUCCAUCAAAAGGGGUUAUUAAUUCACUUAUCAAGGGAUUGAUACAGUCUGAACAUAUAGAGCUAGCAUGGGAUUACUUGGAAGAGAUUCAAAUUCAGGGGCUGGUUGCUGAUGCUUCAAUUAUGAGCUUAUUUAUUCAAAGUUACUGUAGAAAAGGUAAUCUUAAAUGUGCUUGGAAGCUACUGAUGGAAAUGAGAAACCAUGGAAUCGAUCUUGAUGUAGUUGUAUAUACUAUUCUAAUUAAUGCCCUCUGUAAAAUACGCCUUACAAGGGAGGCUACCUCUUUGUUAUUUAAAAUCAGCUAUAUGGGUAUCACUCCGGAUGCAGUAUGUGUUAGUUCUGUGAUUGAUGGUAUCUGCCAAUCGGGUGGUUUUGAUAAAGCAAUUAAUAUUUUGAAGAUAUUUAGGUUGCCGCCCAAUAUUUUUAUCUACAAUAGUUUCAUUGCAAAAUUGUGUAUAGAUGGGAACAUGGCUCUAGCGCUAAAUAUUUUCCAGGAGAUGAUGGAGUCGGGGUUGCAUCCUGAUUGUUAUAAUUUUACUACCAUACUUGAAGGAUACUGCGAAUUAAAGGAUUUCAACGGUGCCCUUAUGUUUUGGGGGAAAAUGUUAAAGAGUGGAAUCAAAGCAUCUGUUGCUACCUAUACUGCAUUAAUUGAUGGUUACUGCAAGUCUGGAGAUGUGUAUACAGCAGAGUAUUUCUUCCUAGCCAUGAUUAAAGAGGGACUGUUACCUGACGUUGCUGCAUACAAUACCCUAAUAGUUGGGUACGGAAGAAAUGGCAACUUGUACAAGGCUUUCGACAUUUUGGAUAUGAUGAAAUGUGCUGGCAUAUCUCCUGACAUUGUGUCUUAUAACGCAAUAAUUCGUGGUCUUGUCCUUCAAGGAUAUGUAAAUGAAGCUAAAGAUAUACUACAGGAGCUUGUAUGUCGAGGUUUUUCUCCUGAUGUUGUAACAUUUACCAACCUCAUCAGCGGAUACUCAAACAAGGGAUACUUUAAAGAGGCUUACCUUAUGUGGUUUCACUUGAGAGACCUCCAUAUGAAGCCUGAUGUUGUGAUGUGCAGUGCUCUUCUAUAUGGGUAUUGUAGGGUACAUCUUAUGGAAGAGGCUGAUGCUCUUUUUUUAAGGAUGCUUGGCAUAGGUCUGGUUCCAGAUGUGAUACUGUAUAACAUGCUUAUACAUGGUUUUUGUUAUGUAGGAUGUAUAGAGGACGCAUGCCGGUUGGUUGAUAUGAUGGUCAACCAGGGAAUCAUUCCAAAUGAUGUUACUUACCAGGCACUAACUUUUGGAUAUAAGAAGAAUCGGGCUCGGCAUCCUGUUGAAACUGCAGUUUAUAAGGUGCAGAAAAUACUCCAGAAAUAUGGCUAUAGCACAGAUGUUGGUUGCUUAUAUAUUUAGUACCACACAGGGUGAUGAAACUACAUCAUCAUCUGGACUGAAAUUACUGAUAAUAAGGAAGGAUCACUAGGUUAAUGUGAUAUUAUAGACAAGGGAACCCGGAUACUGAUGAAGAAAUAUUAAGUAACAUGAACGCCCGGAUCACUUGAGGUUAGCACAUUCUACGAUCACACAAGUCAGCCAGAGCUAUGCCAGGAUGUUAAAGGGCCUAAACACUCUUAGCUCGCGAAAAAAUCAUGAUGGUAAGAUGAGCCUCUAGCAUCUAAGGGCUGAUCAGACCAGUGCUGGAACUUUUAGAAAGAGCUUUCUGCCAGAUUUUCUUAAUUGUUCAUCAUUUUUUACCCGCAAGAAUUAACGCAGCUAUGAGUAUUGCUGGCUUAUUUGUUCGUUGGUUCUAAUUGUCUAAUUUGGAGCUGAUGAAAGUCUUCUGAGGGGGAUUUUUAUAAGAUUUCCAUUGACUUUGGCAAGGUAAAGGUAGUUUUGAAAGGUAUUUAUUUUCCCUCUUUUCUUAAUCAUUUACAUCUUUAAAGCUGGAGGAGUAUAGAGGACAGGUAUGUUUGCUUUUGCGGAAUCUAAUAUUUUUGCUCAUAUUUUAUAUAGUCUUCCUUUUCUAUAGACUGGAGCUACCAAUUACUUAGCUGGACAUCUAAUACUAAUUUUCAUGGCUGCCAAAGAUUUAGAACACAACUUUGCUUGAAAAAGGAUGAAAGCUCUAUAGAAAUGUAGUUUCCAUUCAUAUCGAAUUUCUGUUUACCAGUACAUUAUGCAAAGGACUAUGAAUUGAGUUUUGCGAGAAGCUUACAUACAUUGUGUAGAGGACUACGAGCAGAUAUUGGACUACUGCUCUUUGACUUCUGCAUGUUUUGAAGUGUUUGCUCUUGGUUAGAUUGUUUUAGUAUAUUUGUACAACUCUUUUGUUGUGGUAUAGAAGUUUAAACCUUGCUUUUGUUCUUGCUGCAAA